AUGAAACUCUAGCCAAAAUAUCCUAACUUCUAUAAAUUACUCUAUUGUACAACAAUUAUUAUGCUUUGUUACACCUUUUAAAAUGCAGGAAAGAGCAUUUCGUAUAAUAUUUAUAAUUCGUAAGGGCUAACAUUCCUAUAUUCAAUGCAGUUUACAAUCAAUUAUUUUAUAUCCCCUAUAGCCUUGUUGUUUAUGGAUGCAAUCAUCUCUAGAUUAUCCAUGAGCACCAUACUAUAUUUAGGAAGCUUCAAUGCCUUUGCAUUUUUAUUAGGUGCUUUUGUUGUAUCCUCAUGCCAAUAAGCAGAUUUAUUUUAUUGCAAUGUAAGCACAUUAACACUUGCUAUUGCAAUUGAAACUCUGUUAGGAGGAGUGGCAUCAUGUUUACUUUUUGUAGGUUAUCCUGUUUAUAUCAAUUCCAUUUCCAAUCCUUAGAAUAAAUCGUAUUAUUUUGGCAUUGGUUAUUCCAUAUAUUCAAUAUCUAGCUUUACAGGAAACACAAUUGGUUAUUUUACUUCAACAAAAAUAGAACCAUUUUAUUAUUAUUCAAUUUUAAUAGUAGGAUUAGCAAUUACAUAAUUAUUCCUCUUUAGAGUAGAAGACUUAAGAGAUAGAACUCAGAUUGUUAAACAAUCAUUUUCGAAUAUGUUCAAACAACAGAUUAAAUAACUAAAGAAUGCAUUUAAUAAUAAGGAUUACUAAGCAUUUAUUCCAUUUCUAAUCUUUUGUAGUAUGCUAUAGGGUUGCUAUUUCACAUUUUUACCUGCUCUUUUGAAACAUGUACAAGGUGGAAUUACUAUAAAUGAACACACUUUUCUACUUUAUUUAAUUGGCGGGCUUGGAAUGAUGUUAGGAGGUAUAUUUGCAGGGAAAUUGUCUCAGAAGGCAAAUUUAUUUAUUGUAGGAUGGUGUUAAGUUUUCUUUGCUAUUUUAUUUGUAAUUUUAGCAAUGACUUCAUAUUAUUGGAAAAUUCUAAACACAACUUAUACUACUGGGUUCUUCUGUGGGAUUGUAUUUACAGGAACAGAAUCCUUGGCUGCUAUGAUUACAGGUGUCUUGGUAUCAGAUAAGAGUUACUACUUUGUUGCAAAUGACAUAUUGAUAUGCUUAGGAAUAGCUCUAACAUCGAGUAUUUCUUUAUUGUUGAGCAAAUCUAAUUUGUAAGCUAUGGUCUAUGUGGUAAUGAUGAUUUUGAUGUUGAAUAUUGUUUCCCUGAUUUAUGCAUAAAGGAUUUUCAAGACUCCUAACAAGAAUUCUAAAGUGUAAUUACUAAACUGAUAAAAAAAAGAGGAAAUUA